AUGUCACGCUUAUACAAUAGAGACACAUCUGCCACUGACAUUGUCGAGCAACUCAAGGUGCAUGAUACAGACAGCUAUGCCCCCAACGAUCGCCUUCAAAAUCCAAAGUCAUCUCGAUCUUGUCAUCGAUCCGUUCCCGGUUCACGAGCAAGGGCAGCUUCCCAUUCUUCUGAAAAACGUACAACCACACAACGUCGAUACACUGUACACAAUAUGCAACAUGCACGUUCAGAACGAGCACCAGCAGAUCAUCUAGUACAACGCUAUUCACCAACGGACCUGGAUCCUUCCAUACGUCAAAAAUACGUGCUGGUCACGGGUGGCGCUGGUUACAUUGGAAGCCAUACUGUGGUGGAACUUUUGACCGUGGGUUAUUCGAUUGUCGUCAUGGAUAACAUGUGCAAUUCCCAUCUUGAGGCUUUACGUCGAGCAGAACGACUUGCUGGAAGACCUGUUGAAUUCUUUAAAGGCGAUGUGACAUGCGAAGCUGAUUUGGAACGAUGUUUUUCUCUAUAUCGAUUUUGGGCUGUGAUUCACUUUGCUGCCAUCAAGGCUGUCGGUGAAUCGACACGGAUACCUUUGGAAUAUUAUUACAACAAUGUGACUGGAUCCAUCAACUUGCUUCGAGUGAUGAAACGAUACAAUGUCAAGAACCUCGUUUUCUCAAGCAGUGCGACCGUGUAUGGUGAGCCGGAUGUCACUCCUGUUGAUGAAACGGCUCGUGUGGGACCAGUGACCAAUCCUUAUGGACGCACCAAGCUAUUUGUGGAGGAAUUGUUACGAGAUUUGUGCAACUCGGAUACAGAAUGGAACGUGUGUUUGCUGAGAUACUUUAAUCCUGUCGGAGCUCACCCUUCCGGCAUGAUCGGCGAACAUCCACAAGGCAUUCCCAACAACCUACUUCCCUAUGUCAUUCGCGUAUUGCAAGGCAGCCUACCUCAUGUCUAUGUCUAUGGAGAUGAUUAUGACACGGUGGAUGGUACAGGUGUACGUGAUUACAUUCAUGUAUGCGACCUAGCAACAGGGCAUGUGGCUGCAUUACAAAAGUUGCAAAAGAAACCUGGAUGCGUCUCGUACAAUCUUGGAACAGGUGUGGGUUAUUCAGUCAUGGAAAUCAUUCAUGCCAUGGAAAAGGCUACCUUACGCAAGAUCCCAUUCAAAGUGGUGGAUAGACGACCUGGCGACAUUGCAAUUUGCACUGCAGAUGCAUCCCUAGCGAACCGGGAGUUGGGGUGGUAUCCUACUCGUACAAUGGAAGAUAUGUGUGAGGACAUGUGGCGCUGGACACGUCGAAAUCCAAAAGGUUAUGAAGGCCAAUCCCUAGAUGAGGAUGACAAUGACAGUGACAACACAGCAUAG